GGAUUGUUCUGUUCUUUUAUCAUGAUCAUUCUGCGCUUCUCUUUGCAAACCUUCCGCAGAUUUCGGAGUACCAAUAAUUUCUUAAAAAUGACAUUAGGAUCAGAAGUUUCUGUAGGGAUCAGAAACAUUUCAUCAAACACAGUCAGUAACAGAAACCUGCUGCAAUGGGACCUGUUACCAGAGCAAAUUCAGGAGAGGACUGAAGACCUCAUUGUAAAGGCAAAGCAGGUUUAUGAUGCAGUUGGUUCUCUUAAAGUUGAGGAAGUCUCCUAUGAGAAUACUGUGAAGGCUUUAUCAGACCUGGAGUUAGAAUAUGCAGUGGAGAGAAGCAUAUUAGAUUUUCCCCAGCAUGUCUCCCCUAGUAAGGAGAUGCGGUCAGCAAGCACAUUGGCUGACAAAAAGCUUUCUGACUUUGAUGUGGAGAUGAAUAUGAGAGAGGACGUGUUUAAAAGAAUUCUUCAUUUUAAGCAAACACAAGACCUUGAUCAGCUACAUCCAGAGGUAAAAAGGUAUUUAGAGAAAUCAGUACAAAUGGGAAAACGCAAUGGACUCCAUCUUCCCCCAGAAGUGCAAAAUGAUAUCAAGACCAUCAAGAAAAAGAUAAGUGAAUUGAGCAUCGACUUCAAUAAAAAUCUUAACGAGGAAAACACAUUUUUAAUUUUUUCAAAGGAAGAACUUGAAGGCCUUCCUGAUGACUUCUUUGACAGUUUGGAAAAGACUGAUAAUAACAACUUGAAAGUUACUCUCCAGUAUCCUCAUUAUUUUCCUGUUGUGAAAAAUUGUUCAGUCCCUGAAACAAGACAAAAAUUGGAACGUGCAUUUAACAGAAGAUGCAUUAAUGAAAACACUAAAAUUCUUGAGCAACUAAUAACCUUGAGAUCCAAAAUGGCAGCACUUCUAGGAUACAACUCGCAUGCUGAUUUUGUUUUGGAGCUGAACACUGCUAAGAAUACAAGAAAUGUGUCUAUGUUUCUAGAUAAUUUAAAAAUGAAGUUGAAGACCCUUGGCGAAGAAGAAAAACAACUUAUCUUGGAGAUUAAAAGUAAAGAAUGUGCUGAAAGAAAAUUGGACAUGGAUGGAAAAAUUAAUCCAUGGGAUCUUCAAUAUUACCUGAAUAAGAUAGUAGAAACAAAAUACUUAGUGGAUCAUGAAAAACUGCGGGAAUAUUUCCCAAUGGAGACUGUCACAGAAAACUUGCUAAAUAUUUACCAAGAUAUCCUUGGACUCCGUUUUGAACGUGUGGAUAAUGUCCCUGUGUGGCAUGAAAGUGUCAUUCUGUACACAGUGUAUGACAGCAUGACUGAUGAAGCACUUGGACAAUUCUAUUUAGACCUUUACCCAAGAGAAGGGAAGUAUGGGCAUGCAGCAUGUUUUGGGUUGCAGCCCGGAUGCCUUCUCCCUGAUGGUAGCCGAAUGAUGUCUGUAGCAGCCAUGGUAGCAAACUUCACCAAACCUACCCCUGGCCGGCCAUCACUUUUGCGUCAUGAUGAGGUGAAGACAUAUUUCCACGAAUUUGGGCAUGUCAUGCACCAAAUAUGUGCACAGACAAAGUUUGCACGUUUUAGUGGAACCAAUGUUGAAACAGAUUUUGUUGAGGUGCCUUCUCAGAUGUUAGAAAAUUGGGUAUGGGAAAAAGAAGCUCUUCGGAGAAUGUCACGUCACUACAAAGAUGGUAGCCCAGUUCCUGAUGAGCUCCUGAAUAAACUGAUCGAAUCCAGACUCGCUAAUACAGGUCUUUUUACUCUUCGCCAAAUUCUUCUGAGUAAGCUUGAUCAGUCCCUUCACACAAAGUCAUCUGCUGACACAUCCAGUGAAUAUGCUAAAUUCUCUGAUGAGAUUCUGGGAAUAGCUGCUACACCAGGUACGAACACUGCCAGCUACUUUUGGCCUUUAUGGCUGGGAGGAUGAUGUCAAUACUAUGGUUAUUUGUGGAGUGAGUGCUCUCCAUGGAUAUGUUUUUUUAGCUGUUUCAAACAACAAGGAAUAAUGAAUCCAGAGGUUGGCAUGAAAUACAGAAACCUUAUACUGAAACCAGGAGGAUCAAUGGAUGGCAUGGAUUUGCUGCAAACAUUUCUAGGCCGUGAACCUGACCAAAAAGCUUUCCUUUUGAGUAAAGGAUUGAAACCAUAAAAUAACAUCCUUUCUAGGGUUUAUAAGUUUACCAUGGUUUGAAACUAUGCCAGUACUAAGGCUGCCAGCUUUUAGGAAUUUAACGUUGUGCCAAAUCAUACAGCCUUUUUGUUUUUUAAAUAUGUAUGUGUUUGACAUGUACAGAUCAGACAGACCUUUGUUUGGUUUAUGAUAGAUAAAACUGGAAUUUAUAAAUAAAACUGUAUGUUCUUGACUUUGUAAAAGCAAAAUGAAUUAUACUUCAUAAUAAAAAACAGUUGUGUAACUUAACAAAAGGUAAAAGUUGUUUUUUUUCUUCUUGCAAAUAGGAGCAGAUUGAAAUGUACACAGCAGAGUUAAUUUUUAAAGGGACAUAAGUAAUUUUUAAAAAAAAUCUAUGCUCUAUAGAUAAUUCACCACAUUGCAAAAUAACUGCAUGCAAAAAAGGGCUAGAUUACAAGUGGAGCGCUAACAUUGAAAUAUAGCGCCCAAGCUAACUUGCCCUCAUAUUACAAGCUGAAAGUAAAUGCGACCGAAUGAGUGCAAACUAAAUUUGUGAUACUCAGGUUAGCUUGACUGAAGACCUCGUAUUAAAGGGUUAGGGCUAAACAAAAGUUGCACCAAGCACAACACAAAUGCAUUAAAAUAAAGUGUUACAUAUAUAUAUAUAUAUAUAUAUAUAUAUAUAUAUAUAUGCACAGCAUGAUGUAUUUAUUUUAACCAGCACAUAUUGUUUUAAUUAUGUCUAUGAUUAAGGCCAUAGGCCGAAACAUGUCAGACUAAGAAAAUUGCUUUUUUGCUGUUUGCUGCUAGAUGCAUGUUGCAGAAUUUCCUUUUAAUUUUUGUUGAAUAAAUUUGGACUUUUUAAUCAAA